CUAGAGAGAGAGAGAGAACGAAACAGACAUUGCUUAUCUAGAGAGAGAAGAGAAGAAAAAGAAAAAGAAAAAGAAAAAGAAUCUCCAUUCAUUUCUUGCUUGUUUCUAUAUACAACACCUUUAUCAUUUCAUUUUUUUUACCACCAUUGAGUCUCCUUUACUUCACACACUUCACUAUAUCUCCUCAUUUUCCUUUUGACUUUAGAUUAAUUAACACUCUUUCACUCAAAAGAACUAGCUAUGGCAGGAGGAGGUGGAGCUCCAGCUCCUAAAUCAGAUGAACCACAACCACAUCCACCAAAGGAUCAACUUCCCAACAUUUCUUACUGCAUUACUAGUCCUCCUCCAUGGCCUGAGGCUAUACUUCUUGGUUUUCAACAUUUUCUAGUGAUGCUUGGCACAACUGUGCUCAUUCCCACUGCUCUUGUUCCUCAGAUGGGAGGUGGAAAUGCGGAGAAGGCCAGAGUUAUUGAAACACUACUUUUUGUUGCUGGUAUUAACACAUUGGUGCAAACACUCUUUGGAAGUCGACUACCUGCAGUAAUUGGAGGGUCUUAUACAUAUGUGGCUACCACAAUCUCGAUUAUUCUCGCUGGUCGAUUCAGUGGUGAACCGGAUCCGAUAGAGAAAUUCAAGAAGAUAAUGAGGGCAAUUCAGGGUGCUCUUAUUGUUGCUUCAACUCUUCAAAUAGUACUAGGCUUUAGUGGCCUUUGGCGUAAUGUUGCAAGGUUCUUAAGUCCACUUUCAGCUGUUCCAUUAGUUUCACUUGUUGGUUUUGGGUUGUACGAGUUAGGUUUUCCUGGGGUUGCUAAAUGUAUUGAGAUUGGACUGCCAGAGCUUAUAUUGCUAGUGUUUGUUUCACAGUAUGUGCCCCACGUGUUACAUUCGGGGAAAAAUAUCUUUGACCGUUUUGCUGUUUUAUUUACCGUUGUAAUUGUGUGGAUAUAUGCUCAUCUACUCACUGUUGGAAGGGCCUAUAACGGUGCUGCACCGAAAACACAAUCGUCCUGCCGCACUGAUCGUGCCGGACUUAUAGAUGCCGCUCCUUGGAUCAGAGUUCCAUACCCUUUUCAAUGGGGAGCACCUACAUUUGAUGCAGGUGAAGCGUUUGCGAUGAUGAUGGCAUCUUUUGUUGCUCUUGUAGAGUCUACUGGAGCUUUCAUUGCCGUAUAUAGGUAUGCAAGUGCAACACCAUUGCCACCUUCUAUUCUUAGUCGAGGUAUUGGUUGGCAGGGAGUUGGCAUUCUGUUAUCAGGAUUGUUCGGAACAAUUACAGGAUCUUCCGUGUCUGUAGAAAAUGCGGGUCUUUUGGCUUUGACACGAGUUGGCAGUAGAAGAGUUGUGCAGAUAUCUGCCGGAUUCAUGAUUUUCUUUUCAAUUCUCGGAAAAUUCGGAGCAGUUUUCGCCUCUAUCCCACCUUCAAUCAUUGCUGCACUGUACUGCUUAUUCUUUGCUUAUGUUGGUGCUGGAGGUCUUAGUUUUCUUCAGUUCUGCAACCUUAACAGUUUUAGAACAAAGUUCAUAUUAGGCUUCUCUAUAUUCUUGGGCCUGUCUAUACCACAGUACUUCAACGAGUAUACAGCAAUCAACGGAUUCGGUCCAGUCCACACCGGCGGGAGAUGGUUCAACGAUAUAAUCAACGUUCCGUUCCAAUCAAAAGCAUUUGUAGCUGGCGUAGUGGCGUAUUUCCUAGACAACACUCUACAUAAGAACGACUCGUCGAUUAGAAAGGACAGAGGAAAACAUUGGUGGGACAAGUACAAGUCAUUCAAGGGUGACACAAGAAGUGAAGAGUUCUACUCAUUGCCUUUCAAUCUGAACAAAUAUUUUCCAUCUGUUUAAAUGUGCAGCAGCAAAAGAGGUUAAAGAUAAGGAGGAUUUAUCUUCAGCAGAUAUAAGUUCUAAUAUCAGAUUUAAUCUUAUUACACGCUAUAUAAUAUAGCCACCAUAUGAGUAGUUUCCUCCACUCUAUUAUAGCAUUUUGUAAUACAUUUAUUUUCUUGCCUUUGUUUAUGUAAAUUCUGAUCAAGUAAGUGGAUUGACUUGGUAAA